GUCAUCUGUCACCACACGCGUCGCGCGCAGCGACGUCGAAUCAGCUGUUACCGCCACCGCCGCCGCUGCGGCAACAACAACGCAGCGAGCCAACGGUGGUGGUGACGACGGUGGCGAAGGUUAAUCGCAAGAGCGUUCCUCGAGAAGCUAGCUCGAUCGCGACGGUGGUUUAGUGCUCGUCGCGUCGAUUAAGGGAGGAGACGGAACGUCGUCGCGGCCAUGCUUGUGAGUCUAGAGGGAGCGUGCCUUCGUUGCUGCCUUCAUUAAUAGAAUCUCGCGUGCUUCGUUAGUCGUUCGUCGGUCAUGGACGAUGUGGCGUACAGCCCGGGCGGGCUGGCGAGAUUGUCGACGUUGUUGGGCGCUCCGGAAGCCGCGCUGCGGCUUCUCGUCUCCAUUUUACUGGGAUUUCCCGUUGCGCUCCUUCACAGAUACACGCUCUAUGGCAAGGAUCCUAUUCAUCAGCACUUAUUUUUCAUAGCGUGCGGUCUCUCAAUUGGUUACUGGAAUUACGAUUAUCACAUACUUCAUUCAUCAACGGCGAUAUGUGGGACGUAUCUGAUCUUAAUGAUCCUCGGCAACACCGGAUUGUUCGUCAUCAUGACGUUCCUCUUCAACAUGUUGUAUUUACUUUACGGUUAUUACACCACGAGCACCCAAGAUUAUGAUAUAAAAUGGACAAUGCCGCAAUGCGUACUUACCCUUAGGUUAAUAGGACUUGCAUUUAAUAUAUGGGAUGGUAAAAAACAUGACAAGGAGCUGUCUGAUAGCCAGAAACUGGUAGCCUUGAAGGAACAACCGUCGCUGUUAGAAAUCGCGGCGUACGCUUAUUUCCCAGGUGCUUUCCUCAUCGGGCCGCAGUUCAGUAUACGACGAUACCUGGAUUAUGUCAAUAGUCGAUUUAGCGAGCGUGAUCCGGUAACCGGGGCUGUCAAAUUGCCAGAUUGCGUAUCGGCUGGAUUGUUGCGGGCCUUCGUUGGAUUUAUAUACGUGGCGAUAUUUCAGAUCGGAACGCUCUACGUUUCCGAUCAAUAUCUCCUCGAACCGUCAUUCCAGAAAUUAAAUUUAAUAAAAAAAUGCUUGCUCAUCGGCGUGUGGGGUCGCAUCAAUCUCUACAAAUAUGUCAGCGUCUGGUUAAUCACAGAAGGGGUGUGCAUUACUUUUGGUUUGACAUACAAUGGAAAAGACUCCGAAGGUCACAUUAAAUGGGACGGUUGCGCGAACGUUAAACUGCGAACGUUCGAAACCGCUACGCAAUUCAAUCACUAUAUUCUCUCGUUUAACAUAAACACCAAUCACUGGUGCGCCGAGUAUAUCUAUAAGAGGUUGAAGUUUUUGGGCUCAAGAAUGCGCAGCCAAAUAAUGACGUUGCUCUUCCUCGCUCUUUGGCACGGUUUUCACUCCGGAUACUAUAACUGUUUCUUUAUGGAAUUUCUUAUCAUGUACUUUGAACGAGACAUCGGACCAGCAUUACAGAACAGCGAAAAGGUGCAAACGCUGCUGAAGACUCGAUGGGAAGCACGUAUGCUCGCUUGGCUCUUUAUGAAGCUUUACACUUUAAUUUUCAUGGGGUAUAGCCUCGUGUCGUUCAUACUUCUCUCGUAUCCACGAUAUAAUCAAGUCUACGCAAGUGUGUACUAUUGCGGACACGUGUUCUUCCUUUCUUAUCCGUUACUCGCACCGUACAUUAAACGAUUGAUUGGCCAAAGACAUGAGCGUCAACGAUCGCACCAAGAAUAAGAUCACACAAUUUCGCUCGCCCCCCCAAUUGCGACAUUGUCCUUUGUUCUUGUCGCAAAUUAAUAUCUGAGAAGAUAUAUAAUUGUGAAAACAAAGGAUGGAUAUACUAGUUAUACUGAUCUUCAACUUUUAAAAGAGAAUGUGAUAGCGCAUAUCCAAUGGAAAAUGUAGAAUAUAACAUAUAUAUAGAGCACAUUAUUAUCACUCUCGCGUUUCACAAUAGUUGAGAAUUCUAUAAUUGCCGCAUUUCCGUCACUUGAAUAUCUCGAUGAUUAAGUUUCAUGAGCGAGAAAUUUGUUUUAAAUAUCCUUAAAAUGAAAUAACGCUUAAACAAAAUGCGAUAGUGCUGAAAUAUUAUCCUAUAUAAGUGGUGAUCCUAAGAACGUGAGGAUGAUACUGCUAAGAACGUUUCCAUUUGCAAAUUAAUGCAUUGUUCAGAAAAAAAUUCCGCUGGUCGGGAAUUUUGAGUCUGUUAUUUUAAAAUUUUUAUGUUAGUACAUAUUUCUUUUUAAAGUUUCAUUAAUAAUUCUAGAUAUUUCACAGUAUUAUUUUUAUACAACAGCAUGUUCUUGCAUCUUUAAUCCUGUAAUUUUUCUGUACGUAGGAUAUUCGAUCAAGGUUCUGCUCACUUGUACAUACAUUUCACCGAUAAUAUUGUAAUUUUUAAAACGCGUUACGCUCUUAUAAUAAUAAGAACGAUAUCGUAAUUACAGCGGCUAAGUAAGUUAGCCGGAUGUCACAAUAUUCCCGAGAGACUCGAAAGAGAAAGCAAUUUAUGUAUUUAGAUAUUGCAAUAAGAACGUCCACUAAAACAGAUUCAGGGAAAUUGCAUUGCGGAAAAUAUCUGGGAGAUAUAAUAUCGUGAUUUUGUAAGUGCGAAAGUUAGCUAUGUAACACGUAAAAACAACGUAGGUCAGUAUUUUCGGAUACGCGUUCCUCUAGUGAGCGAUUGAAGUAUCUAUUUUACUGUAGUGCCGCAUUUUAUCAAUCCAAAUACGAUUUAAUCGCGUUCCGCUAUAAUUAUUCUAGAAAUGUAAAUAUACGCAUAUAAUGAUAAUAGAUUAAAAUUGAUUCUAGUCGGGGAGAUAUGUAUGGACAUACCUUCUUGCAGUAUUUCGUUAGAUCAGUAUAAAGUAACGAUUCAGAAGCGAUUUUCGAUCUAAUAUAUACAUUCGCAAUUAUUUUUUUAGAUAAAAAUCUAAACAACGAUCUACCUAUUUAUCCCUGUUGCGGUUCCCAUUACGCACAUAUAGCCUUUGAAAUUUAGAAAUAUAGUUGCUACUAAUCCAAU